AUCAACAAGGGGUCGAGGACAGAGGAACGCUGGACAGACCGGAGGAUAUCCUGCUUCCACAGGAAGUCGCGUCCGGCGUCCACUACGCCCCGAUAUCGACCGCCACGGAUGGUCAGUCUGGGGGGGGGGGGGGGGGGGGGGGGUAUUAAUAAACAUAGCCAAGGCUCCGACUAUGAAGUAAGCUAUUAUUCAUUUAUAAAUACUCAGAUGGUAUCAAUGAAAUAUAGAUUGUUAUGUGAAUAUAUACCUUACUUGAAGACGUUUCUUCAAGGUAUCCCUCUGUGAAUAAAUUCAACGUGGCACAGUUGGAGAGGACUAUUGGCAAAUAAUCUGCCAAGAGUCUCAUUAAGACAGUCCAAAACGGAGUUGUUUGGACAGACUCACAAAAUGCAAACACUACAAUUACUUAAUCAACCUGUGUAAUAGAGUUGUGUGGUUUCAUGCUUGAUUAUACUCCUGACCACAGAUGCAACAACAGUUCGUUUUAGAAGCUAUUUCUUCUUCUUUCACUCCCUCUCAUCACUCUUUUUCUCUCAGCAACACUUCUGAUUGCAUUGCGUAAAACCACAUUCCUGUCUUCCACCCUCCUCCCAUCCCAUCUACUCAUUAAUCUUCCACUUCUUCUUCUAUAAUCCAACAUAAAAAAUGGAAACCAUAGGCCGUAUAUGACGUAAACACAUAUGCAAAUCAGGCUCUUGGGUGUACAGUACAGUUGGAGGUAGAAGAUGGUACUGAUGAGGCAUUUUUCUUCUUUCUUUGUGCUGAUAAGAAUUAUAUAAUCUAACAAAUGGCAUCAACAUGUAAAGCCCAGUAAAGGUCUACAGUAAAGAUCAGUAUCUCUUACUCAUCUAUUUCAGCCUGUUUCGAUUGCCUCUGUCUCUCUAGCCCCAUUUAUACCUGGUUCUAACAUGCGUCUUUUGUCCUGAUCUUGUCCACAUUCUGAUUGUGCCCUCAUUUUUAGACAGGUGUAGAUAACUAAAAGGUGUAUUGUGAUCUGUUUGUGAUCAGAUCUUCCCUUACAAAAAAAUAUUGCAGUUUUGAAACUGCAAUCUUUUUUCAUAAGAGUUAUAAGUGUAAACAGACAAGAUCAGGUCAAGAUCAGGACGAAGGACGCAUUUUAGCAGCAGGUAUAAACUGGCCUUCUGUCCUCCACCCCGGUCCCCAUGUCUCCUCCUCUCUACUCAGAUAGAGUAUCAGAUAUCAGAUAUGAGUGAGUAUAUUAAUUUAUCUCUAUCUUAGUAUAUCUUAGUUUAUACCAUGGCAUUGUUGAAUACUCUUUUCUUAUUGGCUUGAAGGGCAUUCUAGAGCAUGCAUUAUUUCCCUAUAAUGCACUGUAUAUGUGCAUGGUAGAAUUUAAUGGCUAUAGUUAAUUUUUACAUGUUUUGUUUGAGCUGCUUUUGAAAGCAAAAGUAGAAUUGAAAACAGUACUGUUAUUGUUGAAUUCGAUUUUCAUAAUAGCAAGCUAGGAUUGAUGGUUUGGUUAAACUACCAAGUCUGUUUGUUUGGUUACCACGGCAACUACUGUAGCUAUCUAGUAAACAUCCUAGCUACACUACCUUUCAAAAGUUUGGGGUCAAUUAGAAAUGUCCUUGUUUUCGAAACAUCAAAUUGAUCAGAAAUAUAGUGUAAACAUUGUUAAUGUUGUAAAUGGCUAUUGUAGCUGGAAACGGCAGAUUUUUAAUGGAAUAUCUACAUAGGCGUACAGAGGCCCAUUAUCAGCAACCAUCAGUCCUGUGUUCCAAUGGCACGUUGUGUUUGCUAAUCCAAGUUUAUCAUUUUAAAAGCCUAAUUGAUCAUUAGAAAACCCUUUUGCAAUUAUGUUAGCACAGCUGAAAACUGUUGUGCUGAUUAAAGAAGCAAUAAAACUGGCCUUCUUGAGACUAGUUGAGUAUCUGGAGCAUCAGCAAUUGUGGGUUCGAUUACAGGCUCAAAAUGGCCAGAAACAAAUAACUUUCUUCUGAAACUCGUCAGUCUAUUCUUGUUCUGAGAAAUUAAGGCUAUUCCAUGCGAGAAAUUGCCAAGAAACUGAAGAUCUCGUACAACGCUGUGUACUACUCCCUUCACAGAACAGCGCAAACUGGUUCGAACCAGAAUAGAAAGAGGAGUGGGAGGCCCCGGUGCACAACUGAGCAAGAGGACAAAUACAUUAGAGUGUCUAGUUUGAGAAACAGACGCCUCACAGGUCCUCAAUUGGCAGCUUCAUUAAAUAGUACCCGCAAAACACCAGUCUCAACAUCAAUAGUGAAGAGGCGACUCCGGGUUGCUGACCUUCUAGGCAGAGUUGCAAUGAAAAAGCCACAUAUCAGACUGGCCAAUAAAAAGAAAAGAUUAAGAUGGGCAAAAGAUCACAGACACUGGACAGAGGAAGAUUAGAAAAAAGUGUUAUGGACAGACGAAUCGAAGUUUGAGGUGUUCGGAUCACAAAGAAGAACAUUUGUGAGAUGCAGACCAAAUGAAAAGAUGCUGGAGGAGUGCUUGAUGCCAUCUGUCAAGCAUGGUGGAGGCAAUCUGAUUGUAUGGGGGUGCUUUGGUGGCGGUAAAGUGGGAGAUUUGUACAGGGUAAAAGGGAUCUUGAAGAAGGAAUACUAUCACUCUAUUUUGCAACGCCAUGCCAUACCCUGUGGACGGCGCUUGAAUUGGAGCCAAUUUCCUCCUACAACAGGACAAUGACCCAAAGCACAGCUCCAAACUAUGCAAUAACUAUUUAGGGAAGAAGCAGUCAGCUGGUAUUCUGUCUAUAAUGGAGUGACCAGCACAGUCACCGGAUCUCAACCCUAUUGAGCUGUUGUGGGAGCAGCUUGACCGUAUGGUUCGUAAGAAGUGCCCAUCAAGCCAAUCCAACUUGUGGGAGGUGCUUCAGGAAGCCUGGGUGAAAUCUCUUCAGAUUACCUCAACAAAUUGACAACUAGAAUGCCAAAGGUCUGGAAGGCUGUAAUUGAUGCAAAUGGUGGAUUCUUUGACGAAAGCAAAGUUUGAAGGACACAAUUAUUAUUUCAAUUAAAAAUCAUUAUUUCUAACAUUGUCAAUGACUACAUUUCCUAUUCAUUUUGCUAUAUUUCCUAUUCAAACUCAUUUCAUAUAUGUUUUCAUGGAAAACAAGGAAAUGUCUAAGUGACCCCAAACUUUUGAACAGUAGUGUACUUCAGUGGAUUUGAACACAUUUCUACCGGCAAAUGAACACAUUUCAAGAGGCAAAUGUGUGAAAUUAUAGCCGUGGUAUGAAAUGAAUAAUCAACUCGGGGCUCUAUGCGUUUUCUGGAAAAUAAUGCAACUCCGUGGAAGGUCAUUCCCACUCAGCUAGCGCGUUGUGGAACACACCUUCCAUGUUGUUCAUUAUUUUCCAUAGAAUGCAUAGCCCCUCGUUGAUUAUCUCUUACAUAUCUUAUUACGUCUUACCAUAUCUUAGUAUUCCUUAGUAUACUGUAUCUUAGUAUAUAUUUUUGCUGUAUAUACACAUAGAUUGCAAUUGGAUUACUGAUACAGUGUUAUUUGGGUUGUUGAUUCGUUCUGACAUUUCUUGAUUUCUUGUUUAAAUUGUUUUUUUAAUGUUUGUGUACUUGUUUGACAUUUUACUGCACUGUUAGGAGCUAGUAACACAAGCAUUUCGUUGCACCCGCUAUAACGUCUACAGACCAAUAAACUUUGAUUUGAGGGGUAAAUCCCAGUGGAGCAGGAAAGGGAAAUAAAUGCUGACCAGCUCAAAGUAGAGAAGAGAGAAAGAAAAGCAAGAGAGAAAAGAGAGAGAGAGAGAAGAGAGAGAGGGGGAGAAAAUCAGUUUAGACGACAGUCAUUACUCUGUGAUCCCUGUGAUCUGCACUCGCUCUCUUAUCAGUUCAGAAAUUCUUCUUCUUCCUCCCUUGUUCCACUGAUCCCUCCAGUGAUUCCUGAUAUUGUUCUUUUUCAUCAUAAGAGAAAAUCAUGUCGUGACAUCUCUCUCUAGACCUCGUCAUAUCUUUUACAUCUCUGUGACACAUAACAGUUGUUAUGACAUCCAUCCUCUAUUCCUCCUUCAUCCUCUGUUCCUUUCAUUCUCUAUCUGGGGUCUUGACCUGUCUCAGGAGGAAUCAAGGACCCAUCCCUAAACACUAUCAGAGCUGAACUGGCCCACCCAUCCCCUCCCUAUGUGAAGCUGCUUUCUCUCACCGCUAUCUUCCACUGCUGCAGACUCAUGGGUUAGGGUAAGGGCUAGGGUUAGGUUUGGAGCUAAGUUUAGGGUUAGGGGUAAGGGUUAGGGUUGGAGCUAGGGUAAGGUUAAAGGUUUGAGCCAGGGUUAGAGUUGGGGUUGAGCUAGGGUUAGGGUUGGGGUUAUGGUUAAGGGUUAGGGUUGGGGUCAGGGUUAAAUUAAAGGCUAGGGUUGGGGCUACUACUGUAAGUAAAGUGUAAUACCUAAACGUGUUACACUUGUACUUACAGAAAUCUUUGUACAGUAAUAAAAGCACUGUAAUGUACAUCUUUAAAUAAGUUAGUCUAACCAACCAGGGUUGUGAUCCUGUCUGUAACAUGGUGGGGAUGUCAAUGGCACCAUGCAGCCUCUGCUCCAUCCCUGACUGCUGAUUAGACCACAGCGACACAGCAGCUCUUUAAAUAAACACUCUCUCUCUCUCUCUCUCUCCCCUUCGCCCCCUCUCUCACUCUCUCUUUCUCCGCUCUCCCUCUCUCCACAGGCUCCAUCCCUUCUCAGGUUAUCAGAGGAGCUCCAACCCCAAAGCCCCCAGAGUGCUACACACAUUUAACAUAGGGAACGAGAGAAGAGAUGUGGGUGCUUUGCAAGCACUGGGUAUAGUAGUUAAACGGGAGAUAGAGGGUUGGGGAGUGAGAGGAGGGGGCACAAGCACUCAAUGUAGUAGUUAAGAAAGGGAGUGGGAAAGAGGGAGGGGAGAGAGGGAGGGAGAAGUGAGUGAGAGCGGGAGAGAAAGGCGUCCCUAUAAUUCCUCAAGAGGGGCUUGAAUCAAACAGAGAGAGAGAGUGAGAAUAGGAGAAGAAGAGGAGGGCGGACCGACGGAGGGAGGUACAGAAGUUUGGGAUGAUUCUAAGGAGCUGAGACCCAAAACGUUGAGGCUGGAGUAGUCAACUGCAGUCAGAGAGAGAACAACAGAUGAAAAAACAAAGCACACGGACUUCUCCCUGACUGACGACGACGAGUGGAAACAGCAGGAGAUCGCCACUACGGAUACACAAGGCCAACAUACCAGCAUACCGCUACAAUACAAGCUGGUCCCAACUUCACUGACAAGAGUGUGAAGGAAUCUGAACUGAUACAGAAGGACUAGAAGCGUGAGAACCUCAAGCCAAAACGCAAGGGGAGAUUUGAGGGAAGACAGGAGAGAGAGAACAGAGAAGUUGUUAAAGUCAGUGAACGUUGUCCACCUGCCUGUAUAAGUGGUUAAGAGAAGGAGAGAGAGUUUCAGUGUAACUUCAAGAAGAGAAGAGAACCACAAGGAUCGGAGAGAGGCUCUACCAGGCUCCACGCAAUGUGAGUGAGAAACCACAGCCACAGGGAGGGAAUUUAACUAACUAAAACGUUCUUUUUUAGAUGUCUUCUAUUCUAAUAUCUGUGAAAAAGACUCACCAUUUUUUUUUGUUAUUACUAUUCUUGUUAGCAUCACUGAUAAUGAAAUGCAUAGAUAAUGUUUCAGACAGGGGUUAAAUGUAUGCAACUGCCAGCCAAAAAGACAAUAGAAUAAUAGAACAAUAGAGCUUCUUCAGAAUGUUCUAGAUUAGAACAUCAGAAUAUUUCAAGGACCAGCUUGAAUAUAGUUCAGUGCUAUAUUAGUAACCACAAGCUAGAGAGGAAGCUAAUUUGAAAAUACCAUAGGGUAAUUCAUGAAUUUCUAUAGCGUCAAGAUCAAGAUCAAGCGUCUCCAGGGUUAUGAAAAACAAUGAACGCCUCAUUUUUCAAAAAAUAACAAGCCAAGUACAGCGUGUAAAACAGAUGUAGCGGCCAAGUGUAGGCCUAUUUUAUAUCGUGGCACAAUGAGUGAGCUAGUUGGACUCUUCCUGCACCCCCGACCUUAGACCUGAACAACAACACUUCACUAACAAUGGGAGAUUGACGUAGAACACUGUUGAGGUAGCAACGUCUGGCAGCGACACAUCUCAAGUGGACCUCUUCCCUAGCGUGGUUAGGGUCAGGGUCAACGGUCGGAUGAGGUAUGCGGGUGAAGUGUGUUUGUUGGGUAAAAGUAAGAAGAUGAAUACCAACAUAUAUCCUAUAUCUAUGACCAGGAGUUUAUCAUGGUCAGGAAAAACUCAUUCAGAUUCAGAUUGUUUAAUAGUUACAUGUACAGGGUUGCAGGUGUGAUUGCAGGGUACAGUGAAAAUCUUAGGCUUGCAGGACUAGUGAAAUAAAAUAAUGAAAAUGGUAAUAAAAAACAACAAAUAGAAAUAGCACUAUAUACAUCAUAACAACUGUGGCAGUGAUGAAUAAAUACAUGUCCAUUGGGGUGGAGGCAGAGGGGGGGGGGGGGGGGGGGUGACCAGAGGGAGAGCAGCAACAUGACCAUGAUCCUACCAGUACCUAAUAUGCAGGUGGUUUUGUAUCCUGCACCUGUGGAAAUGCUGGAUGUGCCCGUACUAAAAGUACUAAGAGGAGGAAGAAGAACAAUACCCAAACAAAACUGCUUGAAUUCUCUAGAGUGUACUUAAAUACCACCAAAAAGUUUGUGGGUAUUCUUCUCUUUGCUAUUAGUUCUACCCUGCACUUGUGGAAUUUUGCUCAAUACACUUUUACACAACUUCUGAACUAACAUUGUUAAGUGCUAGACCUCGGCCCUUCUGGUCUGCCAUGAUAGAUUUAUCACAUUGGGGCCGAUUGGUGCAGAGCAGUGCAAAGCGGUGCUGAGGUCUGAAGUAUUUCUGGAAGGAAGGCUGGCAACUGACCCUGGUCCAUUGUUCAGGCUGGUUAGGGCAACGCUGAGUAAGGGAGAAGGGGGUGGUGCUAUCCUGUCACUGUUAAUGGCACAUGUCAGUUAGGAGUUGUUACUUGUCGCUGAUUCAGGGAAACUUUAAACUUGGUCUAUGGUGAUUUGGAGUUGUUUUUACCAUACUGGAAGACUCAAACACUUUUACAGUGUCUUGAACAUAAGGCCAUGACAUUACUUCUAAGUUUUCUAUUUCUAACAAAACAUGAACUGCAGUCUGCAAUCAGCAGCAAGAUAAACAAAUGCAUUCAGGCACGUGCACAAGCAUACACACAGAAGCACGAACGCAAACGCACACACACACACAACACGUGUAUGCACGCACACAUCCUUUGAUUAUGUCUCUUACCCUUCAUCUUCAUCUUAUCCAUCAUCAUCCUCUGUGCACCCUUGCCUGGCAAUUAGGUUCCUUUCCUCUGGGCCAAUCAGCUUUCAGAUAACUAUCCUGUUCUGAUAGAAGAUAUAAGAGCAGCCUGCCUUCCUCUUCCUCUAACAGAUAAAGUCCUCUAACCUCCCUGUGAACUCCCUGGUUCAUUCUACCUUUGAAGACUGAACCUCAGCUAUGAUAUGUCUAGGGACCAUGUUUGCGAUAGACAUGAGUUUGAGACUGGUAGAGACUUCUGUUGCACAAAUUGGCAAUCAAAAAGCAUGACCCUAUACCUAUAAAGAUCCACUCAUGAAAAGCCAAAUCAUUUCACAUUCACAUAUGCUUGGAACAGUAUUUCCACAUCCGAGAAGUAGGGACCAUUUUUGCUUUAGCAAACCUGGCUAAACUCUGCCCCAUCUUCCCCUCUCUCCCUCUCUCCCUCCCCUCUUCCCCAGUUGACCAUGAGUAUGAGCGGCACAUUGGAGAAGGGGGCUCACCACCAGGCCCUUGACCUCUCUGAGGAGCUCUCUCCCCACAUGCACCCCCACCAUCACCCCCACCACCACCACCACCUCCAGCACGCCAACUCCCUGGCCUCCACCGCCCCUGUGGGGACCCCCUCCGGGGUGGUGGUGCCUCCCCCGUACUUUGCAGACGAGAGCGGGGGAGGAGGGAGCAACGCUCCCCUGGAGCUCAGGGGCUCUCUGGACUGCUGGGCGUGCUCGGUGCUGGUGACAGCCCAGAACUUGGUCAUUGCGGGGAUCAACGCCUGCCUGGCCGGACUGGUGUUCGGACUCAUCCUCACCCCGGCUAUAGUGAUGGUGGUGUUCGGGUUCCUGUGUCAUUCUACGGUAAGGAGGGAAAGGGAUGGGGUCUGUAUUCUCCUUCUUCUUCUUCUUCUUCUACUAUUCAGGCAGAGACGCUCUCUAAGGACUAACCUGAGGGAAAAUUCAGAGGAAAGGUUACUUUUCCUACUUAAUUCAUACGUUCUUCCUCCAAAAUUCCCAAGUGUCAUUUCAAUUUCACAUUCAGAACUCAUCUACUGUAUAUGUCUGAGUGAAGGUGUGUCUGCUAACACAAUUAUAACAUUACAUCCUUCGGGAGGUAGCGUCAUGAGUAACUAACUAGAUAAUAGAUCAGAAUAAUAUUAAAUAAUCAUAUGGUAUACAGAGUAGUGAUAUAUGCUGACAUUUCAGGAGGGACUGACUGUAAAUCAUAAAACUCAUUACUAAACUUUCACCAUCCACCAUGAGUUUGGAAUAUUUUAGCAGAAGAUGAGGGUGGAGUUUGGCCCUCUGUGAUGCGUUUCAUAAGCAGAUCAACCAGAGUUUCUCAGUAUUUCUCAGAUGUUUAAGAACAGGGGUUGCGUCCCAAAUGACACCCUAUUCUCUUUAUAGUGCACUACUUUAGACCAGGGCCCAUAGAGCUCUGGUAAAAAGUAGUGCUCUAUAUAGGGAAUAUGAUGCCAUUUUGGAUGCAGACAGGGUUGAGACAGACUGGACAGGUUAGGAGUCAAGGGAAAGACUAAAGACUAGAGGGAGGUAGGGAUUAGCUAGCCUGGCUGGUCCCAUAUCUACAUGCUUUAGCCAACUCCUACAAAUCAAGGACAAGGCUAUGUCGAAGAAAACCUUAAAAUAGCAUGCACAGAUUCACAGACAGAAUAGGAAAACAUUAAGUGCAAAAUGAAUUUAGCACACUUGAGCUCACAGACAGACAGACGCACGCAGAAGCACGCGCAUGCGCGUGAGCACACACCUUUGACCCCACUGAGUACCACUAGUUUUAGGGUCCCACCCUGCCACCCCUACAGGUCAUAGUGGGUCAGAGAGUGUAAAUGGGAAAAAAAGCCACAGAAGUACUGACCACCUUACUAAUGACCGUGUGUGCGUGUGUGUGUGUGUGUGUGUGUGUGUGUGUGUGUGUGUGUGUGUGUGUGUGUGUGUGUGUGUGUGUGUGUGUGUGUGUGUGUGUGUGUGUGUGUUCACAGAGACAUGUUACAGGAUUCCCCUCCCCUCUAACCAAUUAGGAACCUUGUGGCACCAGAUUAAGGAGGGAUUAGGGUGGAGAGGGAGAGAGAGGGAGGAAUGAAACAAAGGAGAGAGGGGGAUGAGAAAGAACGGAAGGAAGGGAGGAAUGUUAAAGCUAGCUAAACAAGUUAUCCUGAUCUCGCAGUUCGUUGUCACAAAAUGUUGAAUUCCACAAACUCUGAAAAACAUUCACCAACAAUUCUGAAAAAUGGAAAGGGAAUAUCUUCUCUAAGCAGCUGCAUGAACUUUAAGUUGCAUGAUACAGUUGCAUGAUUUCAGAGCUAGACACCCAAAAUACACUACACACAACCAUGCCCCAAUAAGAGCUAUGAAUAUAAAAUAUUUUCAGAAGGUUGGCUGUGGGACAUAACCCCCCCUGAAGAGGCCUCAGAAAGUAGAAACAAACAUGGACAUAGCAACCUCCUUCCCACCACCCCUCCCUCACCACUCUGUGCCUCCCCUCUACAUCUCCUCUCCAUCUCCUCUCCCUCCCUCCAUCCCCCUCCACUUGCUUACCACAUGCAGAUAAGGAAGGAUGACAGCCCCUCCAUUUUCCCUCCUGUGCGUUCCUCACACAUUCUCUCCAUUCUCUGCUACCCGUUCUACCUCUUCUCCCUCACACUAACAACAUCACAUACCACACCAACAGGCAGCCAUUUUAAAUAUAAAGUUCCAUAGAUAUUAUUGUGAUGUUUUACAGCUGUGAUGUAAGAAUGGCAAUUAAUCACAUUUAAUCUAUGGAAGGGCCCCUCCUUCUUCGUGUGUGUGUGUCAGACUGCAAUCUGCUCUGUGUCUGUUCUGCCCUCAGAUACACAUUCCACCAUGGGGCACGUCAUCGUCUCCCUGCAUCCCCUCCUCUCCUCUCCUCCUUCUGUCUGUCCCUGCAUUCCUCCUUGACUCCUCCAUCCUUCACUUCUCUUGAACAUGGGCGCUAAAUGACUCUCUCCAUCUGUUCUGAGAAGACACCAACAGAAAGCUUUGUUAGCUUCAUCAGCUUAUUAGAAACUAGCUUGUUUUAGCAACAUUUGCGAUCAAUGCAUUUCUGUUGCAUUUACAUUGCAUUAUUAAUGUAACAAUACAGUUAUAAGAACAUUAUGUCAAUCUCUUUGUUUUUGGUGCAACACAUUCUUACGGUCAUGUGAAAAACAGUAACAUAAACAACCCUUGUCCCUCUCCUCUCCUCUCCUCUCCUCUCCUCUCCUCUCCUCUCCUCUCCUCUCCUCUCCUCUCCUCUCCUCUCCUCUCCUCUCCUCUCCUCUCCUCUCCUCUCCUCUCCUCUCCUCUCCUCUCCUCUCCUCUCCUCUCCUCUCCUGUCCCCUCUCCUCCCCUCUACCCAGGUGCGCCCUCAGGGGACGUCCCUCUACUGUUCGGACCUGCUGAGCGACGGGGGCUGUGUGGCCCUCCUGGUGGUCGGGUUCCUCCUGGUCACCCCUCUCCUGGUCCUGGCUCUGGCUGCCUACUGCCGCCUGGCACGCCACCUCCAGCUGGGGCUCUGCUUCAUACCUUACUCCAGGGCUGUCUACAAGAACCUGCCCGCUACACGGCACCGUGGCCUGGGAGGGGGCUGCUGUGGAGGCGGUGGGGAGGGAGGGGAGGGAGGAGGGAAGGGAAAGGUCUGGGUGUGA